GAAUAUGGCUCGUGGGAGGCAAGUCGGAGCACGUCGCUUCCGGGGGCUUGCCUCAUCCAUCAAUUGGUUCUCUUUGAUUGAUCGGCAGAGGCGACGAUCGGAGCUAAUGUCAGAUUCCCAUCUAAUGCCAAUACCGUCGAAGUCCAAGUAACUUCGUGCUGCAUGACUAUGACUGUUCAGAGCAGGUUAUCUGUUGGUUUGGACCUUGAAGAACCAGAAGCAGAUCCCACGCAGAAGGGGGGUCGGAUUAAGAUUCAGAUAUAAACGGAACCAGAAGUUGGAGCCACAUCGCAAGGGGAAACGGAGGACGAAAAGACAAGGUCGGGGGAGCUUCGCCAACUGCAAUGGGGUUUUAGGAAAAUCAGUUCGCCGGUGGUUGCCUUUCAACGUCAACGCAGAUGAAAAAUCAAAAGGAAAGGAGAAAAGAGGGAAAGACAAAAAGCACCUGGCCACGUUCCAGCCCCGUCGACAAACGAACCAAAACUGACAACAAGAAUAUAAAAUGAGGUCGUGGUUGAAGUCCACGACCAUUUUCCGUCUCUUAGGGAGAUCGUCAUUUGGGUCUGUUGCCUUCAGGAGUAUGGAUAGAUUGAGUGGUCCUGCUCGCAUCAUGGUUGUUUCAGAUCUUGACCAGACAAUGGUAGAUCAUGAUGAUCCGGAAAAUCUGUCAUUGCUGAGGUUGAAUGCCUUAUGGGAAGCACAUUACCGGCAUGAUUCUUUGUUGGUCUUCUCUUCUGGAAGAUCAUUUGUAGAUUACAAAAAAUUGAGGGAGGAGAAACCAUUGCUGACUCCUGAUAUAACUAUAAUGUCUGUGGGGACUGAGAUAGCUUAUGGGGAAGAUAUGUUGCCAGAUGAUGACUGGGAACAUUUUCUGAACCAAAAGUGGGAUAGGAAUAUAGUUGAGGAAGUAUCCAAGCUUCCCUAUCUCCAAUUCCAGAGCGAAACUGCGCAAAGACCUUACAAAGUCAGUUUCAAAGUUGAGAAGGAACAUGCCCAGGAAGCAAUCACAACUCUUUCUACCACACUUGAGAAACGUGGGUUGGAUGUGAAGAUCGUUUACAGUAGCGGCGUUGACCUGGAUGUGUUACCACGGCGGGCUGGCAAAGGACAAGCUUUGGCUUAUGUUCUCAAAAAGUUGAGUUGUGAUGGAAAAGCUCCCUUAAGCGUUCUCGUCUGCGGAGAUUCUGGUAAUGACGCAGAUCUAUUCAGCGUGCCAGAUGUUUAUGGUGUUCUGGUCAGUAAUGCUCUAGAGGAACUAAUUGAAUGGCAUGCAGAAAAUGCCAAAGAGAAUCCUAAAAUAAUUCAUGCAACUGAGAGAUGUGCGGAUGGAAUAGUACAAGCUAUUCGUCACUUUGGUCUAGGGAUCAGUACCUCUCCAAGAGGCGUUGUUGCUUAUGCUGAAUGGAACAAGGAGAACGAGAACGAGAACUUUACCCCUGCAUGUGAAGUGGUAAAGUUCUAUUCAAUGUACGAAAGGUGGUGUCGAGCUGAUAUUGGAGACUCAGAGAGCCAUAUCCAGGAUAUUACAGGAAACCUUUACCCAAAUGGAGUCAUUAUCUACCCAUGGGGUGUUGAGCUAUCUCUCUGUGAAGCUGCUGAUGCAUUGAGGCAGUACUAUGGUGGUAGAAAGGGAAAACAGUUCAGAGUAUGGAUUGAUAGGGUUUCAACUGCACAAAUUGGUUCUGAUACUUGGCUUAUGAGGUUUAAUAAGUGGGAGUUCUUUGAGGGGAAGCGUCAAUGCUGCAUCGUGACUGCACUAUUACAAUUCAGGGCAGAAGGACCAGAGGCAUUCAUCUGGGUUCAUCUGCAUCAGACAUGGCUUGAUGGAACAGGAAACGUGGAAGAAGGAAGCUGGAUAUUUUAGACUGGGGAGAAAACCCCAGGCUCCUUUCAUCUGAAAAUAGAUGAGAACUCUGUCAUUACAACAGUUGAGAUUGAAAACGUCACUGUUAUUCUUUCUCUA